AUUUAUUUUUAAUAAAAAAAUUUUCAACCAAGCUCCUAAAAAUGUGUCAUCAAUGAAGAAAAUUGAUAAACAAGUAAUCGGGUGGGUCAAAAUAAAGAGCUAAAUUUGAAUAUUUGUUCUGUUAAGUAUACAGUUUAAUUUCUAGAAAACGAAAAUUACUAAAAAUUGAAUAGGGGCGUCAACAAUAGAUUAUAGAUUUACCUAUGGUGAACAAAACAGUAUCCAGAAGACCAUACAUUUUACAGUAAAUUUAUUAGUGUAUUUAUAGGACUUAAUUUCAAUUUAACAUACUUAACUCUAAUUUGACAAAAUGUGGAAAGCUGCUGCAGGUCAACAAAUUAAUAUAAAUCAAAACACUGAAGAUGACGAUUGGGAAACUGAUCCAGAUUUCAUCAAUGAUGUUGACGAGCAACAACAAAGGUGGGGCUCCACCACUGUUGAAGGGUCCGGUAGAACAGCUGGGGCCAUCGACAUGGAGAAACUGAGAAGAGAAACGGAACAAGCAGAUGCUUUACAUAAGAAAAAAGCACUGGAAGAAGGUACAGACAAUCCGUCUUAUGGAUAUGGAGGCAAAUUUGGUAUUGAAACAGACAGGAUGGACUCUUGUGCAGUUGGUCAUGAAUACAAAGAAAAACUACAAAAACAUGCCUCUCAGAAAGAUUACUCAUCAGGUUUUGGUGGAAAAUUCGGAAUACAAACUGAUAGAGUUGAUAAAAGUGCUGUGAGUUGGGACUAUAAGGAAAAAAUUGAGAAACAUGCAUCCCAAAAAGAUUAUGUUUCGGGAUUCGGUGGCAAAUUUGGAGUCCAAAGUGACCGCCAAGACAAAUCUGCUGUUGGUUGGGACCAUAUAGAGAAGAUAGAAAAGCAUGACUCCCAAAAGGACUAUGUUAAAGGGUUUGGAGGCAAAUUUGGUGUGCAAACUGAUCGCCAGGAUAAAUCUGCUGUAGGCUGGGACCACCAUGAAGCUCCACAAAAGCACGAGAGUCAGACAGAUCAUAAAAUAGGGUUUGGUGGAAAGUUUGGUCUGCAAACAGAUAGAGUUGACAAAUCAGCUGCUGGUUUUGAUGAACAUUCAACAAAAGUUGGCACAAACUACACUAAAAUUAAACCAGAUAUUGCUGGGGCAAAACCAUCAGAAUUAAGAGCCAGGUUUGAAACUAUGGGUUCAAAAGAUUCAGAAAAGAGUCAGUCAAGCUCACAAACUAGUUCCCCUGCACCUAAAAAGACUGUGCAUGCAAAGGCUGUAAUGUUUAGCCAAAAUAGUCAGGAUAAUUCUGUUACGUCUUCACCAGAAAAACAUGUUAUUCCUAAACAUCUUGACUCAUCAAAAACGGCUUUCCUAACUAAAAAUACAAACUUAGAGUCCCAGCCUGGAAAGCAGACACCACAAAAAAUGGAUCAGACUAAAAUAGCUCAGUUUACUAAUGCACAAAGUGCUGAAGUUGAAAGUUUAGGUUCUAAUAAUGCAAUAAAGGAAGAAUUAGAAUUAUUAAGACAACUACAAAGGCAGAAACAAGAUGAUACUGAAGAUAACACAGAAGAACCUCAAAAUAUCUAUGACAAUAAUGAAAAAAUUCAACCACCACAACAGUUUUCUCAGGAAGAACCUGAGGCAGAGUAUGAAGAAGUGCAACCACCUAAAGCAAGUGAGAUUGCGGCUCAAGUUUCAGUACCAAUUCAACCAGAAUAUUAUAACCAAGAUGAUAUUGUGGAUACAGGAAUUACAGCUAUUGCAUUGUAUGACUAUCAAGCUGCUGCAGAUGAUGAAAUAUCAUUUGAUCCAGAUGAUGUCAUUACACAUAUUGAAAAGAUUGAUGAAGGAUGGUGGAGGGGAUUGUGCAAAGGAAAAUAUGGACUUUUUCCAGCAAAUUAUGUGCAGUGUAAUGAAUAAUAUUUUUUCUUUAUUUUAUUUGUAUUAUUUUAUGAAAUUUUAACUACAUGUAUUAAGGUGUACUUAUCAAUUUUGUUUUAAACGUUUUAUUGCUCUGAUAUCUGUGAGCUUAAGAGAUAAACUGCUGUGUUAUAUAUAUUUCAGUUACAUAAAUACACAAUAAAUUUUUGAUACUAUA